UCGUGUCGUCGUCUUCACCGAGCCGUGAGAUCUGUCUCGUGCGCUUACGCAGGCGGAGGAGAUCCAGCUCUUCCUCGGGCGGCAGAUCGAUCCGUCCAUACAUACCGGCGCGAUGCAGUUCUUCGGCGGCGGGUCGUCGCUGACGUCGGUGGCGCCGGACGCCACCCCGGCCCCGGCAGCGCCGCCGGGCACCGGCACGGGCGCCAACGCGCAGGUGCUGUACGUCUUCAACCGCGGCGGCGUCUGCCUGCUGUACCGCGAGUGGCACCGCCCGCUCCGCACGCUCGACCCCACCCAGGACCAGAAGCUCAUGUUCGGCCUCCUCUUCUCCCUCCGCUCCUUCACCUCCAAGAUCGAUCCCACCACAGCAGAAAAGGGGAAUCUUGGGGUGCCACUAUUGCCAGGCCAGGGCUGCUCAUUUUAUAGCUUCAAGACGAACACAUACAAAUUAAACUUCCUAGAGAGUCCUUCUGGUAUCAAGCUUAUUCUUAUUACACAUCCAAGGACGGGUGAUCAACGUGACACACUGAAGCAUAUCUACAACCUGUAUGUGGAAUAUGUUGUUAAAAAUCCUUUGUAUGCUCCUGGCACACCGAUCAAGUGUGAGCUUUUCAACAAGCAUCUUGAUCAAUAUGUGAAAACGUUGAUAUGAUCCUGUAGAGGUUAUACUGAUCCUAAAUAUGGUUAAACGUUAUAUCUUCUGGGUAACUUUGGUACGCUGUAGUGGUAUCAGUGUGCAAUUUGAUUUGAGUACAUUGAUAAGUCUAGUGUUCCUUCAGGGAUAUGCUAGACUUUUUUUCUAUCACAAUCUCUUGUUCUUGUUGUACAUUGAACGAUGCUGCAUUAUAUCAGCUGAACUGCACAAAGUUGUUGAUGUUGAAGUCUUCAUUUUGGAAUCGAAGUUAUUGACGUUGAAUGUUUUCCUGA